GAAGUGGAUGUUGAGGGGCAUCUUCCCAUCUCCAGCUGCGGUGGUUGGGAGAGGAGGGCGAACGGUGAUGGCAGCGGUUGCAGAGAACGUGGCCGCUGCGGCGGAGGACCAAGAGCCACAGGGCGAAGCGGUGCCGGACCUGGAGAGCCAGCGGCUCCAGAUCGAGAAUAAGGAGACUGGGCGAGACCGUCCGCUGCAAGCCGGCGAAAGCUGGUUCCUCGUAAAGCAGCCCUGGUACAAGCAGUGGGAAGUGUACAUACAGGGCGGAGACAAAGACUCCGCUGCCUUUCCUGGCUGCAUCAAUAAUGCUGACCUCUUUGAAGACCAGGUAAACUGGCGCCUCAAGAGGGGACUGGUGGAAGGUGAGGACUAUGUGCUGCUCCCAGAGGCUGCUUGGCAUUACCUGGUCGACUGGUAUGGUCUAGAGCAUGGCCAGCCACCCAUCGAACGCAAGGUCGUGGAGCUGCUUGGCAUCCAGAAGAUCGAGGUGUACCAAGUAGAACUGCUGCUUGUCCGGCACAGUGAUAUGGAAACACCUUACACAGCUCAAUUCAGCCACUCAGAUUCCGUUGACCUGAUUUUGCGCACCGCCCGAGAGCAAUUUCUGGUGAACCCCGAGGAAGAGGCAAGGCUGUGGGUCAAGAAAGCGGAGGGCUCUUUUGACAGGUUGUGCAACACACGCGUCACAGUGCUUGAGGCUGCCCUGCAGACCGGGCAGCUGGUCGUCAUGGAGACCCGAAACAAGGAUGGCACUUGGCCCACUGCCCAGCCACCGACCACGAACACCGCAUCGGAGGAGGACAAGGAAUUCCAGGGCCAGCCAGGCAUCUGUGGUCUCACCAACCUGGGCAACACGUGCUUCAUGAACUCGGCCCUACAGUGCCUCAGCAACGUGCCGCAGCUCACCGACUACUUCCUCAAAAACCGCUACCUGGAGGAGCUCAACUUCUGCAACCCACUGGGCAUGAAGGGUGAGAUCGCAGAGGCCUACGCAGACCUGGUGAAGCAGGCCUGGUCCGGCCACCACCGGUCCAUCGUGCCUCAGGUGUUCAAGACCAAGGUCGGCCACUUUGCGUCCCAGUUUCUGGGCUACCAGCAGCAUGACUCGCAGGAGCUGCUGUCAUUCCUCCUGGAUGGACUGCAUGAGGACCUCAAUCGUGUCAAGAAGAAAGAGUAUGUGGAGCUGUGCGAUGCAGCUGGCCGGCCAGAUCAGGAGGUGGCUCAGGAGGCCUGGCAGAACCACAAACGGCGGAACGAUUCUGUGAUUGUGGACACCUUCCACGGUCUCUUCAAGUCCACGCUGGUGUGCCCCGAUUGUGGCAACGUGUCUGUGACCUUCGACCCCUUCUGCUACCUCAGUGUCCCACUGCCUGUCAGCCACAAGAGGGUCAUGGAGGUCUUCUUUGUCUCCAUGGAUCCUCGCCGCAAGCCAGAGCAGCACCGGCUCGUGGUCCCCAAGAAGGGCAAGGUCUCGGAUCUGUGUGUGGCUCUGGCCAAACACACUGGAGUGUCUCCAGAAAGGAUGAUGGUGGCCGACGUCUUCAGUCACCGCUUCUACAAGAUCUACCAGCUGGAGGAGUCUCUGAGCAGCAUCUUGGACCGAGAUGAUAUCUUCAUAUACGAGGUGUCAGGCAGGUCUGCUAUUGGUGAUAACUCCAGAGAGGAUGUGGUGCUCCCCAUCUACCUGCGAGAGCGGACACCAGCCCGGGAUUACAACAACUCCUACUACGGCCUGAUGCUCUUUGGGCACCCGCUCCUGGUGUCAGUGCCCCGUGACCGGCUCUCCUGGGAUGCCCUAUAUCACAUCCUGCUGUACCGCCUGUCGCGUUACGUGACCAGACCCAGCUCUGAUGACGAAGAUGAUGGGGAUGAGAAAGCAGACUUGGAGGAUAAGGACAGCAUCCCCAAGGCUGGACGCGUGGCUGGGGGCAGCUCCCAGGAUUCUGGGCUGGAGCAGGCGGGGCCCAGCUGUGGAGUCGCAGGCGGGAGCCGCGCCCCUGCGGACAACUCCCCCGGACCGGCUCACUGGCCCCAGAGGGCACGGCGCAAGCACCUGUUCACCCUGCAGACGGUGAACUCCAACGGGACCAGCGACCGCUCAACCUUCAACGAGGAUACCCAUGGUGUCUCCUUCCGCUCCCAACCAUAUAUCGCUAUCGAUUGGGAGCCAGAGAUGAAGAAACGUUACUACAACGAGGUGGAGGCUGAGGGCUACGUGAAGCACGACUGCGUCGGGUACCUGCUGAAGAAGGCGCCGGUGCGGCUGCAGGAGUGCAUUGAGCUCUUCACCACCAUGGAGACUCUGGAGAAGGAAAAUCCCUGGUACUGUCCCACCUGCAAGCAGCACCAGCUGGCCACCAAGAAGCUGGACCUGUGGAAGCUGCCUGAGACGCUCAUCAUCCACCUCAAGCGCUUCUCCUAUACCAAGUUCUCCCGCGAGAAGCUGGAUACCCUUGUGGAGUUUCCCAUUCGCGAUCUGGACUUCUCCGAGUUCGUCCUCAAGCCGCAGAACGAGUCGGCUCCGGAGCUGUACAAAUACGAUCUCAUCGCGGUUUCCAACCAUUACGGGGGCCUGCGUGACGGACACUACACAACAUUUGCCUGCAACAAGGACAGCGGCCAGUGGCACUACUUCGACGACAACAAUGUCUCUCCUGUAACUGAGAAUCAGAUCGAGUCCAAGGCAGCCUAUGUCCUCUUCUACCAACGUCAGGAUGUGGCGCGUCGCCUGCAGCCCCAGCCCAGCUCAAGUGAGCCCCCAGCGUCCCCUGCCUGCGGUUCCCCACCCAGCUCUUGAGUUCGUGGAUGUAAACUGAGGGGCCCCCAGCCCUGCCGCGGGGAGGGAAGCCAUCUCUGCUCUCUUCCUUCCUGCCCCCGCCCCCCAGCCCCGUUAGGUGCCCCGUGCCAGGCGUCGCAGGCUUUAGUUGUGGCUGCUGGUGUCCUGUGCCGCUAUGUUGCUCUCUCCCGGGGAAGGAAAGGUUGUGUCUCCCCCCGGCAGUGUGUCCCCUGGCAGUGUGUCCCCUGCCUGCGUUUGCCCGUUAGAGCAUUAACCUUCCCUUCUAUUCUCUAUUUAUGGUUGUCCCCCUUCCCUCCGUUCUCAAACCCCGGGGUGUUUUGAGGGGGUGGUGGUGGGGUGCACCUGAACACAGAGUGUAUUUUCUUAUCGAGACCCUGUACCUUCCUUGUGUAUAUAUAAAAGUGCCAGUGUGUUCCGUG